AUGACAGAUGAAUGUCGGGAAAAGUUGGAGGCUCGCCAUCCCUACCUUUCAGGGAACUUUGCACCGAUUCAAUCAUGUCUCCCCUUGACACCCUGCAGUCACGAGGGCACGAUACCUUUUGAUCUCGCAGGAGGCCAAUAUGUUCGCAACGGCGGCAACCCGGUGACGAACGAUGAUACGAGUCGAGCAGCGCACUGGUUCGAUGGUGAUGGCAUGUUGAGUGGUGUUCUCUUCCGCCGCGCAGGUGAGAAGAACACCUCGAUCCAGCCAGAAUUCGUCAAUCAAUACCUGCUCACUGACGUCUACUGCCACGCGAAGACCAAUAAAUACCUGAGCCGACCAGUGGUACCAAGUAUUGCGACACUGGUAGACCCGGCCGUGAGCCUGUUUCGCAUCAUCUCCGAGGUUUUCCGAACCGUGUUUCUGGUAUUCCUCUCGCGGCUCCCAGGAUUUGGUCGUCCUAUCAAGAAAAUCAGCGUUGCCAACACCAGCGUCUUGUUCCAUAAUGGCAGGGCUUUGGCCACGUGCGAAAGCGGCCCUCCCCUCAGAUUCGCUUUGCCAAGUUUGGAGACUAUUGGCUGGUUCAACGGAAGGACAGCAGAAAACGAGCCGCGACAAAGCGGUGAGAGCGGAUUCGGGGGCACAGGCAUUGUAUCCUUUAUGAGAGAAUGGACAACUGCCCAUCCUCGAGUCGAUCCGGUGACAAAGGAGCUCAUUACGUUCCACGCGACAUUUGUCCAGCCGUUUGUGCGUUACUCUGUGGUGCCGCCGACAGCAAAGUGCGGUACUGGCCGCCCUGCGAUGUUCGACCUACCGGUUCCUGGAGUCGAGUCGCCCAAGAUGAUGCACGACUUUGGGGUGUCAAGGCACCACACUGUUAUUAUGGACCUUCCGUUAUCGCUGGACACCAUGAAUUUGAUUCGAGGAGUUCCCAGUUUGUCGUAUGAUUCGGCCGGAAGGUCACGCUUUGGAGUCUUCCCAAGGCACCAGCCAUAUGCCGUUCAAUGGUUCGAGACCAAUCCGUGCACCAUCUUCCACACUGCCAACUGCUGGGACUCGUUUUCAUGGCAGACAGACUCCAAUGGCCCUCGUGUGUCAGUCAAUCUCGUGGCCUGCCGACUCACUUCCGCAUCUAUGGUAUUCAGCGCCGGCAAUCUUCCCACGCCAGAGGUGAAGCCAGUGCCUCCCGAGUACGCCGAGGAGGAGCAGUGCCGAUUGUACUACUACAACUUCCCACUGUCGGACGUCGCCGGUAUACAGUACAACAUCAGACACCAGUGGGCUUUGUCGGCCAUUUCCUUGGAAUUUCCGUCCGUCGCACCGGCAUACUCAAUGCAGGAAGCCCGCUACGUCUAUGGAUGCUCGACAGGCGAAGAUUCUUACACAGUCGCCCUUGGAAAAGCCGCAAAAAUUGAUCACUUGGCCAAGUUCGACGUUCGAACGCUCAUAGCGCGAGGUAUUGCCAAACCGCCACAACCAGUCAAAGGUUGCGUCGAUACGCGCAACAUUGUUCAGGUCAUGGAGAGUCAGGAUCCCGAAGAUCCCAUAAAGCUCUUCCGAAUGCCUAUGGGGUGGUAUGCGCAAGAGCCACGGUUUGUACCUCGCAUUGAACCGGACUCUGAGGACGACGGAUGGUUGUUGACAUACGUAUUCAACGAAGAUCAGCUCGACGACCAGGGUGCAUGUGUGCCUGGAGCCGUGAGUGAGUUAUGGGUAAUCGACGCGAAAGAAAUGAGGGAGGUCGUAGCUCGGAUCAAGCUGCCGCAGCGUGUUCCAUAUGGAUUGCAUGGCACCUGGUUUAGUGAAGAGGAGAUCCAUGAGCAAAAGCCGUUUGAAAAGGUGAGGACCUUGGCUUCUUAA